AUGGGAUUGUCGUUCCGAGCGUCCCGUGUGCUGGAGCGACUACACAACGCGAUACAGGUUCGGGGGCAGCACGGCCUUGAUGAGUUCCGCGCUCGGCUAGACGAGCAGCGCCUCCAUGACAAGCGAGAGGCCACUGAGACGGAGUUCAUCGCUGCGGCGGGUGGUGAUGAUGGCGUUCUCUCUGGAGAUGAGGCGGCGAUCCUUUUCAGAGAGCUCGGCGGCAAGGACAAGAGCAUCCCCUUUGCCGAGAUAAUCGCUUGCUACCGAGCCAACAACCACCCGUAUGUGCGACGUGGAGAGAAAGCCUCGGCCGCAGUCCAGCAGGACUUCCUUCACACGCUGUCCAACAUCACAAGCACGGACUUGCACAACAGUCAUGGAACGAUGGUGUCGUUCCCCGCUUUCCUCGACUUUUACUGCUCUCUCACGGCAUUUACAAGCGAUACCGACUUCAGGGACGCCAUCGUGGCGGUGUGGGUGCCCCCGGUCGUCCUAGACAACGAUCAUGUGCUCCACACCCUCGGUGCUGCCGGGGGUCUUGUCGCGAAACUUCGCUCUCAGAUCCUCACCAACGGUUUGCCGGGAGUUGCGGCUUUCUGUAGAGGCGUUCGAAAAGCCGCACGAGGAAGUGACGGGGGUGGUAAAGAAAUUACCCAGGAAGCGUUCCGCGCCGCUGCUAGCUCUGCAGGUGCUUCACUAACGGCUAGCGAGAUGUCGCAGGCGUUUCGACAUUUAGACCGUCGAGGGGUCGGAAAGAUCUACGUAGCGGGUGCUUUGCGCGCGGUGCGGGGAGAGAUCAGCAAGCGUCGAGAGCAUGUGAUCGACGAGGUGUUCGACUCACUGCUCUUCAGGCUUGGCGGUGAUAGCGACGCUGGUGACGGGCAGCACAGCCACACGCUCGAACCCGUGGCAGUUGCAAAGCUCUACCGUGCGGAAGCUCACCCGGACGUGGUAUCUGGGGUACGAACACAGGCGGAAGUUUUGUCGGAAUUCCUGGAGGCCUUCGAAGGUGGUGGGGAAAUCGAUGGAAGGGUAACUCAAGGGGAAUGGCGCGAGCACCACCUGCAAGUAUCGGCUACGAUGGCCGACGACGACUUGUUCUGCGAGCACAUGAAGUGCGUUUGGGGAUAUGGCAACAAAGAAAAAGCCACCCUCGAAGCCUCGCACGUUAGCAACCACGAUCUGACUGGGAGCACCACCACCAACAACUACAACACUGCAAUUCGAGGCCCGAAUGGUGCACACGGUAGCGUAGAACAAGGAGACGGCAACAGCGUUUCCAGUAAGAGCAACGGCGACGGUAGACAGAGAGGUGGAGAAGCUGGCGCAAAUUCCCCGUUCGCGGCCCGCGAAGCCUGGGCCCCUUCCCCUCCAGCAGCCAGCAACGCCGAGCGAGGCCCUAUCCUACACCAAGGGAGCGCAAGGGACGCCGCCACGGCGGCCAGGCUAUCCCCGGGAGUUCUCGGCCUUUUAGCGCGUGCACGCGGCAGCCUUGCCUCGGGGGGUAUGCGUGCGGCGUUCCAGCUGCUCAAGGGCUUCCGGGAGGAAGACCAGGGGGACGACGGGAAGGUCACUCUGUCCGGGUUCAAGAAGGCAAUCGGCGGGGCCGCGUUGGGGUUAGGGCUAAAAGAGGCAGAGAUGCGGAUAAUAUUCCAGCAUUUCGACAAAGAAGGAGACGGCGAAGUGCCCUACGAGCUAUUCCUUCGCCAUAUCAGGACCACGCUGCCGGAUGGACGCUUGGCUCUGGCCCAUGAGGUCUUCGAUCGAAUGGACGCGGACGGGGAUGGCCUGGUUUUCGUCGAUGAUGUCGCGCGCACUUUCAGGGCUGGCACACACCCGGAAGUCGUGGAAGGUUCUCGCACGGAGGAGGACGUGCGAAGGGAGUUCCUCGAGUCGUUCUCCGUGACGGACGGAUCCCACAAAUGGUGCACACGGGACGACCUGAUCUGGUGGAUGGAGCUCUUGUCUUCCUCUCUGCCGAAUGCGACGCCUGCGGCCGAUGACGACCUCCAAUUCGAACGUGUCGCCAGAGCUUGCUGGGGCAUUCCGGUAAAUGCCCCUGGUAUGCCGGGGAGUCAACAGGACGGUGCUUUUGGCGAAGCGCCGCAGUAUGUUAGCGUAGUGGUCACGCACGCUGACGGGUCGAUCACCACCGAGAGGGUCUCUCGGCAGGAAGUUGAGGUACACCCAGACGGCAGCGGCACUCUUUUGAUCUCCGAGGUGCAGGCAGAAAAUAUUCGUCGUCAGUUGUCCCGGCGAGGUGUGCACGCCGUCCAUGUCCAGCUCCUCAACGAACAGAAGGGAACUGUCAAUGCAAGCCCAGAAGCAGCGGGAUCGUCACAGGAAACCGCCGAUGUAAAACAUGCCGGGUCCACCAUUCUGGAGGGGUCGUCCUGUUCGCGUCCGCACGGCGUGCUCCAGCUCUCAGCGGACGAGGUCAGGACCGCCAGAUUGGGACCUUCGGGACACGGGCAACAGAGUCGUGGAGCUGACUGUUUUGGGGAGGGUGAAGCUAACCUUGGCUUUGACCACGGCAUGCUCAGCGUGCUGCAUAUGGCUCGGCGGCAGUUGGCCCUUCGUGGGCCGGUCGGUGUCUUCGCCCUUUCCAAGCGCUUACGCUCAGCGGCCUAUUUCCGUUCUAAGGCUGCUCCUUCUUCCCAUCCAGCAUUCGUCGCUGCUGCCGCUGCUGCCGCCGCCGCUUCCAUGGCAAACAGCUCGUCUGGAGUUGCGGCCACUGAUAGAAAUACCGGUCCGUUUCUGUCCCUGGGAGCAUUCAAGGAUGCGUUGUCGGAGGUCAACUGUGGACUUAGCGGCAAAGACUUGACGAAUAUCUUCACGCAUCUUGACGAUGCGGGCCGCGGCGAGGUGCUUGUAGACGUGGCGCUCGAAGCUUUUCGCGGUCGUUUGACAGGCGUAAGGCUUGCACUUGUGAGAGCAGCGUUCACAAGGCUCAGAGGAAGCGGGGAUGCCCCGCCGGACGCUGUCGCGGCAGUUAACGUUGCGUUUCAGUUUAAUCCAAGGGGUCACCCAGACGUCAUAGCGGGUCGUCGGUCUCCUGAGGAUGUUCGAAAGGAUUUCAUGGACGCUCUCACGACCACCAAAGGCUUCGUCACACGAAAGGACUUCGAAUCGUACUACACCGACGUCUCCGCGGCCACUCCCUCGGACGCCUACUUCAGUCUCCAAAUCCAAGCUUGCUGGGGGCUGGGUCGCGCCACCAUCGACUCUACCGCCGCCUUCGCUGAUGCCAAUACGGCUCCACAUUCCGGCACCGGGGCUCCUGCGGGUGAACAUACCGCAGGGCUGGGCAGAGACUACGACCCCGCCAAAUCACGUAGGACGUACUCCAAGGCUAGGACCUCAGCAGCCCCGGGUGUUCUUCCGGGGACGGCAGAGCGGGGAGAUAAGCCGGCGGCGGUAGCGGUAAGGUGGGGGGAUCAAAGCGGCAUGCGGACGCCUACUGCCGGGGUGGCGGCGAUCCUCCGGAAACUGGGGAAGGAAGUUCAGGGGCAUGGAGCGGCGUGGGGACUGGCGGGGCUAAGGCGGGCGUUGUUCAACGCUGACGGCAAUAAGGACGGAUUCUUAUCCUUCGGGGACCUUAAAGCGGCACUGUCUUCCUCAAGGGCCGGACUGACCAUACCAGAGGCACUGCUGGAUGCCACCAGGCCGCCGUUGAGCGGGGAGAGGCUCGGGCUGGUGCGCCUGGCGUUCGGGAAAAUGGACAAGGAGGGACGGGGCCACGUUUCUCCUGAAACAGUCACGCAGAGAUUUGUUGGCUCAAGGCACCCCGCGGUGCUAAGAGGUCACGCUACGGCAGAAGAAGUUCGGCAAGAACUGCUCGAUACGUUCUUCUCGGCCGGAGCCAGCGAAACCACUGCAAGAGAAGAGCAAGUAUCAGAGAAAGACUUCAUCGAACACCACGCUAAUCUCAGCUUCGGCAUAAAAAGGGACGAAGAUUUCCGCGAGCUCGUCAUCAACUGCUGGGGGCUCGAUGGUGGAGCUGUCGGCGAUGGUGAUGUGUGUAUGCCGGCGGAUGUCGCCGAUAUGCUUCGUCGGGUCAAUGCCCCACGGAGGAAGUUUCUGGUGUCGUACGCGGACGGGUCGCAGCGCGUGGAGGAGCUACCUUUUUCGUCAAAGUGAGUGUUAGGCCGCCAGCGAACCUGCAGUGUGUUAGUAAGGCUUACCCAUUAACAAAGGAUACACGCACGGGUUCGAAUCCCAGCUGGUCACUUUCACAAGCACCAUUAGCUCUUUUUCCGGCAGCGCCUGGCGAGGGGUCCGUCCCCGGAGAUCCCUACUUCCAAAAAUCUCAGUGACCAGCUGGAUGGCAACGAGC